AUGACGUCUCACGAUGCUUCAAUGAACGGUCUACCAAAUGAAAUUCUCACAUCCAUCCUCUCUCCCCUCUCAACCAAAGAGCUACUCUCCUUCGCCACCAUCAACCGCCGUAUUUACUCUCUGAUCACACGUCUCAUCCACCAACGCCUCCUCCAAGCUGCUCCCCUCCCCGAUAACAAACUCAUUCUAGAAUGCUACCAUCCAAGUGACCAGCUCUACACGCCCUAUCUAGCAUGUCGCUACCAAGGCUUAGUGACACCGGAAGGCCCUCCUGUUAGUGAAGAUGCGACUGAACUAGCUGAUCUGCGACGCUUGUAUUCUUCCUUCAAACCGGUGUUUGCACCGGAGAAUAGAAGUGCCAGAAGAGUACGCAGACGUCCAACGGAAGCUCAACCUUCGGAGGAUGUGAAUGACGAUACAGCGACGCAAGAUAUAAAUCUUGAUGACGGAGAGUUAUUUUCUCAGUUGAUUGCUUCGAUUAACCUCGUCAAGGAAGGGCCGAGGAGUGGACUGUUCAUAAGCCAUGUCAACCUUGUCGAUGGAGUCGUACGUGUAUUCCGAAAAUGGCUUGCCGAGGCGGCGAGCAAACAAGAUUCAUCUCCCGAGAAUGUUCUCUGGAUCGACAAGAACAAGGAUGUUGGAAUUCGGUUCAGUGUUGCCCUUGCGCCGUCUGAGACGAUGCCUUUGAUUUCGGGGCCUGAUGAUGAUCCGCCAGUUCAUUAUAAGCUGGUAUAUGAAGAACUUCUUGUUCGCGUACACAACAUGUCGGAAGCACUGGAGUUGUCUGCUGUGGAGGAAAUGGGAAACUCGGGCAAGACUCUUGUGAUCCACGGGGCUUCGAUGUAA